UGAUGCAAGCAUCGUGAUUCAUCAAAGGCAGUUCACUGAUAGUUGUGCUCCCGAUAAAGUUACAAGUAUUGCGUCCGUCUUACACUCUCGAUAGCAUCUUCAGUAAACGGGUAACAACUGCGUAAGCGUCUCUUCUUCCAGCUUGGUGACAGUUUAUCCGCGGUCAGCAUUAUGAAGCACAUUGUUGCAACUGUACUCGCUAUCGCAUGUGUUUUGUGUUUCGUGAAUCAACUAGAAUGUGCUAGGAUCCUUGGGGUCGUGCCUACACCUUCGUACAGUCAUCAAAUUCCAUAUCGACAACUGUGGCUCGAAUUGAGCAAACGUGGACACGAGGUCGUCCUGAUAACCACGAAUCCCAUACCCAACUCGAAUCUGCCCAACUUCACUCAAAUCGAUGUUGGCCAGUCUUAUAAGUCCCUUAAACAAAUUGCCUACGUUCGCCAGCGAUUCGAAGGAAUAUCUUGGCUAAAUUUCUGUGAGACAGAUUUGUUGUUUCUAUGUGAACAUUUUAUAGAACAUGUGUUCAAUCACACGGAGGUAAUGAAGAUGUACGCGCCUGGUAGCGAUACUAAAUUCGACGUGGUCAUCGCGGAGGUGCUUUACAUGCCCGCUGUGUGCUCCCUCGCUCAUGUGUUCAACGCGCCAUUGAUAGGACUCAGUUCGCUGGGACUUGUUUCAUUUAAUGAGUACGAACUCGGUGGCAUCGUCCUGCCUUCGCAUGAAUACACUUGGGAAAUGGAGACGAACACGGGAUCAAACCUGCCAUUUUGGAAGAGACUGACAAAUUACGUAACUCUGUGGCACCAUCUAUACCACAUCUAUAACUUCGCCAUUCCGAGACAACAGAAGAUAGCCGAAAAGUACUUCGGUGCAGAUUUCCCGCCAGUUGUCGACGUUAUGAAAAACAUGAGCCUCUUAUUUGUCAAUCAAGCUAAUAUUCUAACACCGGCUCGACCAAAGCUCGCAAACAUAAUCACGUUCACUUCGUCCCACAUCUCUCAAAAUCCAGCACCACUGUCAAAGGAUUUGAAGCGUUUCUUAGACGACGCAUCGGAAGGAUUCAUCUAUUUCAGUCUUGGUAGCAACGCGUUGAGUUCGCAUAUCCCGGAAGAUACUUUGCAGAUUUUCCUCGACGUGUUCGCCAAAUUGCCUUAUAGAAUCGUGUGGAAGUUCGAAGAGGAAUUGCCAGGAAAACCAGACAACGUCUUCAUCUCGCGAUGGUUCCCUCAGCAGAGCAUCCUCGCUCACCCGAACAUUAAGCUUUUCAUAUAUCAAGGAGGUGUGCAAAGCAGCGAAGAAGCUAUUCAUUUUACCGUACCUGUAUUAGGGUUAGCUGUGUUGGCGGAUCAGGACUACCAAGUGCGCAGAAUGGAAGAACGUGGUGUAGGAAUAUGUUUAGAAAUCCUUACUCUGACGAGAGACGAGUUGGAAAGUAACAUUCGAGAGCUUAUAACUAAUAAAAAAUAUAAGGAUAACAUGGUUGAACUCAAUCACAUCAUCAAUGAUAACCCCUAUAAUAUGAUUGAUAACCUUGUUUGGUGGACAGAGUACGUGAUUCGUCACAAAGGUGCCCCGCAUCUUCGCUCCAACCUAGCCUGGCAACCCUGGUACCAACGUCUCGAUAUGGACAUUGUUGUAUUCUUGACGACCGUAACAUGUAUAGCAGGCUUCGCUGCGCUCAGUGUUACAAUCAAAGUCAUAUUGUAUUUCCGUAAACAAAUGUUAGAAUACAAGAAACAGAAAAUUAGUUCAUCGUUGCUAUCUGAAAUGAUAUUGCAUGCUCUAAAUAAAUCGGCGUACUGGCGUGAUACAUUGUUCAGCAGUUUCACCCUGACCAGCUUUCGGAGUGGUUCAUCCGCGACCAGCAGCAUGAAGUUCAGUGUCGCGACUCUAUUCGCAGGAUUGUUCGUUCUCUCUGUUUUGAAGCAAGUACAAUGCGCCAGAAUUCUCGCGAUCAUCCCGACACCUUCGUACAGUCAUCAAAUUCCAUAUCGACCACUGUGGCUCGAAUUGAACAAACGUGGACAUGACGUCGUCCUAGUAACACCGAACCCAAUCCCAGACUUGAAGCUGGAGAAAUUCACUCAGAUAGAUACCUCGACAUCUUACAUCAAUAUGAGGCAAAAGUUCAACCUGGUCCAGCAUCGAUUCAAACAAAUCACCUGCUUGGAUUUGAUUCGGGACACUAUGCCUGAACUAAUCGAUACUUUUGCAGAACAUGUGUUUAAUCACACGCAAAUGCGAGAGAUCUACGCGCCUAAUAGCGGCCAGAAGUUCGACUUGGUAAUGGUUGAGAUGCUCCUCAUGCCAGCCGUAUAUGCCUUCGCUCAUAGAUUCAACGCGUCUUUAAUAGGGCUUUCGUCACUGGGUAUUAACGCACACAGCGAACACAUCCUCGGUGGGCUAGUGUUACCUUCUCAUGAGAGCACAUGGGAAUUGGAAGGAAACGCAGGAUCGAACCUGCCAUUCUGGAAGAGACUGCGAAACUUCGUCAACUUGUGGCAUUCCAUAUACUACCACUACCACGACAUUAUACCCCGUCAGCAGAAAAUAGCUGAAAAGUACCUCGGACCUAAUUUACCAUCGCUGCUCGAAAUACAGAAGAACACAAGCCUCAUUUUCAUCAAUCAGCCAGACGCUAUCGCAGCAGCUCGACCGAAACUCACCAACUUGAUCACGUUUACUUCAUCCCACGUAAAUCGAAAUCCAACACCAUUGCCAGAGAACUUGAAGCGCUUCGCGGACGAUGCGCCGAAUGGAUUCAUUUACUUCAGUCUCGGUACCAACGCGAUGAGUUCCCACUUGCCCGAAGAAACGUUGCAGGUUUUCCUGGACGUGUUCGCCAAGUUGCCUUACAAAGUCAUGUGGAAAUUCGAGAAGGAAUUCCCAAAGCUACCAAACAACGUCAUGGUUUCGCCAUGGUUCCCUCAGCAGAGCAUCCUUGCACACCCAAACAUCAAGCUCUUCAUAUAUCAAGGAGGUCUUCAGAGCACCGAGGAAACUAUUCAUUUCACGGUGCCUGUCGUAGUGUUUCCUGUGGGAGGAGAUCAGGAUUAUCAGGCUAUCAGAAUGGAAGCCGUUGGGGUUGGAAAGCGUUUGGAAAUCGUCACUGUGACACGAGACGAGUUGGAGAAUGCCAUACGAGAAGUCAUAACUAAUAAAAAGUACAAGGAGAAUAUAAUACAACUUAAAAAUAUUGUUAACGACAAACCUUACGAUAUGGUGGAUCACCUUGUUUGGUGGACGGAGUAUACGAUUCGACACAAAGGUGCCUCGCACCUUCGCUCAAAUUUGGCCUGGCAACCCUGGUACCAACGUAACGACAUGGACAUUGUUGUAUUCUUUACUAUUGUAGCAUUUAUAAUAGUCUCGACUACGCUCACUUUACUUGCCAAAUUUGCCGUAUGUUUCUACAGAAGAAUUCAUGCUCCUGACACAUAUCAAAAACAAAAACUUAGUAUUCGUUGGAUUGUCGUAACCAGAUCGCGUAGUGGUGUAUUCGUGAUCAUGAAUUUCGUCAACAUCGCGAUCAUACUUUCGGUUGCGGGUGUUCUAUUGGUCAUCCAACAAGUGCAAUGCGCUAGAAUUCUUGCUAUAGUCCCGACGCCUUCGUACAGUCAUCAAAUCCCGUUCAGACCGUUAUGGAUAGAAUUGAGCAAACGUGGCCACGAAAUAGUGUUCGUCAGCCCUAACCCCAUCCCAGACGUGAACUUGACGAAUUUUGUUUACAUCAACACCUUGUCAUCUUUCAUUAUCGACCAGAAGAUCGACAUCUUCAAGUACCGUUUCGAACAAACUACCUGGAUAGAGUUCUUGGAGAACAGAAUGGCAAAUUUCAGUGAUCUUGCCACACAUGCUGUGUUUAAUAACACGGAAGUGAUGAAACUGUACGCACCUAACAGCGGGGUCAAGUUCGAUUUGGUCAUGGCUGAGAUGCUGCUGUCACCAGCAUUAUUCGCUUUCGGGCACAGAUUCAACGCACCCAUUAUAGGGCUCACCUCCCUGGGACUUUUUGGAUUCAACGAAUAUAUCCUGGGCGGGGUUGUGUUACCUUCUCACGAGUCUACAUGGGAAAUGGAAACGAACACAGGAUCAAACCUGCCGUUCUGGAAAAGGCUGCACAACUUCGCGACCCUAUGGCGCAGCAUGUACUUUAUUUAUUCCAAAUGCGUACCCCAACAGCAGAAAAUAGCCGAAGAGUACUUGGGAACUCGUUUACCGCCACUGCUCGACAUACAGAGGAACCUGAGUCUCGUGUUUACCAAUCAGGCCGAUGGCCUUACAGCAGCAAAGCCGAAACUGGCAAACAUGAUCACGUUCACUUCGGCUCACGUCUCAUCAAACCCAAAACCACUGCCAGAAAAAUUAAAACGAUUCGUGGAUGACGCGCACAAUGGAUUCAUCUACUUCAGUCUGGGUAGUAACGUGUUGAGCUCAGAAAUGCCGAAAGAAACCUUGCAGAUAUUCCUCGACGUGUUCGCCAGGUUGCCUUACAAAAUCGUGUGGAAGUAUGAGGAAGAGUUGGCCAUGAAACCGAGCAACGUCUUCAUCUCGCCAUGGUUCACGCAGCAGAGCAUCUUUGCACACCCGAACAUUAAGCUGUUCAUAUAUCAAGGAGGCCUGCAAAGCACCGAGGAAGCAGUGAAAUUCGCAGUGCCUGUUUUAGGACUUCCGAUAAUAGCGGACCAGGCCUAUCAAACAGGCAGAAUGGAAGCUCUUGGUGUCGGGAAGCGUUUAGACAUCACUAGUAUCACGAGGGAUGAGUUGGAAAGUGCCAUCCGUGAGAUUAUAACUGAUAAAUCCUAUAAGAAGAGAAUGAUCGAACUCCAAAAUACCGUCCACGACCAACCAUACGAUUUAGUGAAGAACCUUGUUUGGUGGACGGAAUACGUGAUUCGUCAUAAAGGUGCCCCGCAUCUUCGCUCCAACCUAGCCUGGCAACCCUGGUACCAACGUAACGACAUGGACAUUGUUAUAUUCUUGACAGUCGUAGCAACUAUAAUAGUUUUGAUAAUACUGAGAUUAAUUGCCAUGUUAGCCAUGUGUUUCUUUAAAGGAAAUCAAUCACUCCCUAGCUAUCGCAAACAAAAGCUUAGUUAAUUAAACAAAUAAUGAUCUACGCAGUUCAAAAUUAACUUUAGCGAAAGGAGGGGGUGAACAGUCGAGUGUCUUAAAGUAACUGAUUCAUUAACUAUUUAAUUUAGUCAUCGAAAGUGGUACGUGUUACGUAUUACACGUGGUGGAGAUUACCGUGUAAAUACAUACAUUACAUUCUCUGGUUUAACAUUAAAAUACCGUUUACAGUAACAGACUGCAAUCAUCAUUGCUAAUAGCUUAUCGUAAAUAUGAAACCAAAAACCAAUUGUUCUAUUGAAAGUCGUAUUAAAUAAAAAAGAAAUAACAUUUCAUCGCGUAUAGAAGAUUAUAAUUUACUGUUGACUGACCAACCUAUUCGUUCAGCAAAGAUAAAGAUAUCAGAAUCAAUGUGUUCAAAAUACUUUAGGCAGCCUUGUUUUUCAAAUGUUCUUAUCAAAGCCUAAAGACCCUACAGGAAGUUUUCAGGGAUUUCAACGACUCAUCCUAGACGAGUUAGUCAUCCAGUACCAAGGGUCAUAGUUACCCCCUCUCAACCCAAGAGGUUUUUAGAGUAUAAGAUUUAGAAAUCUUACGAAGUGAGCAUUAUUAUUUUCGAGCCUUCUGCGC